CGCUGGCGCGUUUUCUCAUUUUAAGUUGCUGACUUCCUUCCCAAGUGCAACGUGCAAGCGACGCCAGCUGUGAGCAAGGCUGGAUCGUCAAGAUGGAGGAGAAGAACCCGCUGCUCGACCAGCUCGACAAAUUGCCUCAGAUUCGGCAAUUCGAUGCCUUCCCUAAAACACAACCACUGUACAGAAAAAGGUCGUCCAGGGGCGGGGCCCUGACGAUUGCCGUGAUCCUCUGCCUCAUCGUGCUGUGUUGGAACGAGGCACGGGACUAUCUGUACGGCCAGCAGCACACCUCCUUCAAGGUCGACAAUCACAUUGAGCAGGAGAUGCAGAUCAACUUUGACGCCACUGUCGCCAUGCCAUGCCACUACCUCACCAUCGACAUCCGAGACGCCGUCGGGGACCGACUGCACAUUUCCGACUCCGAAUUUCAAAAGGAUGGGACAACGUUUGAGAUUGGCCACGCAGGGCGCAUUGACUCGAUUCCGCAACGAGAUCUGUCCGUCGGUGGCACGAUUAGCGCCUCCAAGAAGAAGAAUUCCAAGUCGAUGUUCCAAAAGGAAGGAAGACCUGCCGGUCCACACCAGGCCUCGUUCAGCCGCACAUCGCACAUCGUGCCAGACGGACCGGCCUGCCGCAUCUUUGGCUCGAUGAAUGCGAAAAAGGUGACGGGCAACCUGCACAUUACCACGCUAGGCCACGGCUACUGGAGCUGGGAGCACACGGACCACUCGCUCAUGAACCUGUCGCACGUCAUUCACGAGUUCAGCUUUGGUCCCUACUUUCCCCAGAUCUCCCAGCCGCUCGAUGCGAGCGUCGAGAUGUCCAAAGAGCACUUUGCCGUCUUCCAGUAUUUUGUCUCCAUUAUCCCCACGACGUUCAUCGACGCGUGGGGACGACGGCUGAACACGAACCAGUACAGCGUAAACGACUACACGCGCACCGUCGAACAUGGCAUGGGCGUGCCAGGCAUCUUUAUCAAGUAUGACGUCGAGCCGUUGAUCAUGACGAUUCGUGAGCGCACCACCACCUUGACCCAGUUCCUCGUCAGGCUUGCCGGCAUCCUUGGCGGCGUCUGGGUCUGCGCUGGCUUUGGGCUCCGCGUGGGUGACCGCAUCAUGCGUGUCGCUGGCAAGACGCUCGGCAGCGGCGAGCAGGAGACGAGUCCCGAGCAGUAUGCGGCGAGCUACUCGAGCGCGUAUGCUCGGUCCUCCGGCCUCACGGGCAUCAGCUCCAGGGCGCCCGGCGUGCCUUCGUACAACCACCACAACAACCAAGUCCCACACCGGUGGAUGGACGGUUCCCCUGCAUCAGCCUCAUCGGCAUCUGGCUUCAUGAGCGGCGUGCGAGACAAGACGGCGAGCGCGUUUGGCACCCUCACGGGCGGAGCCUCACAUCGGCAUACCGAGUCGAUGCAGCAGAGAAUCUACUCGGAGGAAGGAAGAGCGUGGUGAUAGUGUCACUCUCCCUUCUUUCUUUCCCUCUUUUUCACGCACUCCCAAUCAUUGUACAAAAAGGAUCCGAACCAUUCCUCAACCUCCAAAAAUGCGAAAUUUGACGACUGAAAUCAUGCAGAUAGAUGAUGUUCCAUUUGCAGCAAGC